AUGGACACAGACACAGAGGAGCAGGAGCAGGACAAAAAUGCCGGUUCAGCUCCGUGCAUCGAACUAUUGAUUAAACAUCUCGUUGAAAAUAAUAGGAACCCGAGCGCAGUGGCAAUUUAUUCCCAACAAAAGCUUCUGCUCCUCGCAUGGGAUGAGAAAGUUUGUCAGAUAACUAAAGCCUACACUAAUUUCGUGGAGCCACCGCUUGACAGUUUCAGUCUAGCAAGACCUGCGCAGCUGGAACGGGGACUCGAGGGCGAGUCUGGUGUGGUACUUGAUACAGAGGGAACUGGAAUUACUGUUGAGUAA